AUGCAGCAUCCAAACGAGCCUACCUAUAUGCCAGAGGUGCCCUUUCAGCCUUUGUGGGGUCAGGAGGCGCCACCACCACCGCCCAUAGUGCCGUAUCAGGAACUCAUUGCUGGUUUUCCCUGCACCGACCUGUCUCUCUGGCAGAGGACUCAAGUCGCGCCCUUAGCCACCCGUCCGGCAACCAACGGACGUCCCAACGGUUCCACUUCCAGCUCCUCAAAGAAGACGCGGCGCCGUGUCGCCUCCAUGGCCCAAAGGCGGGCAGCUAACAUUAGGGAGAGACGAAGAAUGUUCAACCUGAACGAGGCAUUCGACAAGCUGCGUCGAAAGGUCCCCACCUUCGCCUACGAGAAGCGUCUCUCCCGCAUCGAAACUCUCCGACUGGCCAUCACAUACAUUGGAUUCAUGGCCGAACUCCUCACCGGCACACCCGCCAACUCGCAUAAGCCCCGCUCGGAUAUGUAUGCCGGCAUGAAUGGACAUCAUCCGGGCUCCGCCCCGCCCAUGCAUCCGCAUCAUUUGCAUCCGGCGGCAUAUCAGCGGGACUUUGCCUCGCCUUACAAUCACAGUUUGACUUAA